GCAUUGAGGUCAGUCGACAGUGUGGGUUCGCGGUGAGCGGCGCCUGCGCAGUGGCAGCUGACCCGGAGGGAGCCGGCGUUGCUGCUGACUGCCGCCCCCGCCAUUUUGGUUGAGGGUUUUUUUUCCUCCCCUCCGCUGAAUUCAGUGCUGCAGGGAGCGGAGCGGAAAAAAAAAAACACACGUGAAGGCGGAGGUCCCGCUCGAAGCGAGAGCAAAUUGCGGGGCCGCGGAGUGGCUGGGGGGAGAAAAAAAAGAGAGGAGGGAAGGAAGAAGUGCAUGUGUGUGUGAGUGAGAGAGAGAGAAAAAAAAAGGCAAAAGCGGCCCAUGAGCUGAGGAGCCCCAGGAUCGUAUUCGGGGGGGAGCAAGUAAAACCACCAAAGACAGCGCGUGUCUCACUCGAACCGGCGAACCGGCCACCGAGCCCGCUGCACCAGAGCUAGCCAUGCCGUCGAUAACGCUGCCAGCUAAGGAGAACGCCCUCUUCAAGCGGAUCCUGAAAUGCUACGAACACAAGCAAUACAGACAUGGGUUGAAGUUCUGCAAACAAAUUCUGAGCAAUCCAAAAUAUGCAGAACAUGGAGAGACGCUGGCGAUGAAGGGUUUGACUUUAAACUGCUUGGGAAAAAAGGAAGAAGCAUAUGAGUAUGUGCGGCGAGGCCUUCGCAAUGAUCUGAAGAGUCAUGUCUGUUGGCACGUCUACGGUCUCCUUCAGAGAUCCGACAAGAAAUACGAUGAAGCUAUCAAAUGCUACCGGAAUGCUCUAAAAUGGGACAAAGACAAUCUUCAGAUUUUAAGAGACCUUUCCCUUCUACAAAUUCAAAUGCGUGACCUUGAGGGCUACAGGGAGACCAGGUAUCAGUUGCUUCAGCUUCGCCCUGCUCAGCGAGCGUCCUGGAUUGGCUAUGCUAUUGCAUACCAUUUACUGGAAGAUUAUGACAUGGCUUCUAAAAUUCUAGAAGAAUUCAGAAAGACACAGCAGGCUUCUCCCGAUAAAAUUGAUUAUGAGUAUAGUGAACUGUUACUUUACCAGAAUCAAGUACUGCGGGAAGGAGGGAUGUAUAAGGAGGCUUUGGAGCAUCUCGACAAUCAUGAGAAACAAAUUUGUGACAAAUUGGCAGUGGAGGAGUGCCAAGGAGAACUAAUGUUAAAACUGAACAGACUAAAGGAGGCUGCAGAGGUUUACAGGCGAUUGCUGGAGAGAAACCCUGAAAACUGGGCCUACUAUGAAGGAUUAGAAAAGGCACUGAGGCCUGUCAAUGUGGAGGAGAGACUUGAUGUCUAUGAAAAUGCUUGGACUAAGUAUCCCAAAGGGCUGGUGCCUAGAAGGCUACCUCUUAACUUCUUAUCUGGGGAAAAAUUCCGGGAAGUUUUGGACAAAUAUUUAAGGAUAAAUUUCAGCAAAGGCUGUCCUCCUGUGUUUACAACUCUGAAAUCAUUAUACAAUGAUAAAGAGAAGGUAUCGAUUCUAGAAGAAUUAGUGGUUGGGUAUGAAACAUCUUUGAAAAGUUGCAACCUCUUUAACCCGAAUGAUGAUGGAAACCUAGAACCACCUACUACUAGAUUGUGGGUCCAGUACUUUUUAGCCCAACAUUAUGAUAGAAUUGGACAACCCUCUCUGGCCUUGGAAUACAUCAAUGCUGCAAUUGAAAGUACCCCAACUCUCAUAGAAUUGUUCCUUGUUAAGGCCAAAAUCUACAAGCAUGCCGGAAAUAUAAAGGAAGCUGCCAAAUGGAUGGAUGAGGCUCAAGCCUUAGAUACAGCUGACAGAUUUAUAAAUUCCAAAUGUGCUAAAUACAUGCUAAAGGCCAACCUUGUGAAGGAAGCUGAGGACAUGUGUUCCAAGUUUACGAGAGAAGGAACGGCUGCAGUGGACAAUCUGAAUGAGAUGCAGUGUAUGUGGUUCCAGACAGAGUGUGCUCUGGCCUAUCAGUCAAUGAACAAAUAUGGAGAAGCUCUGAAAAAGUGCCAUGAAAUAGAGAGGUCUGUUGACUGAGAAUACCGUGGUUAAAGAAAGCUAUCCCAACUCUUCCCAGUAGAUGCUGAGUUGAUUUUGAUGCACUCUGAUAUUGUG